AUGGAAAUGGUGGGUUUGAGGGUUCUUGAGGACAUCGAGGGUUAUAUGGAGGGACAAGAUUUGGUGACAACAGAGGGGAUGGGAAGGCAAAAGGCAGAGCUGGAUAUGUCCAGGCGUAAGAAUGAGGUUGAGACCUCCAGUCGUAAGAAUGAACUGGAGAUCUCCAGGUGUAAAGCUGAGCUGGAGACCUCCAGGCGUAAGAAUGAGCUGGAGACCUCUAGGCGUAAGAAUGAGCUGGAGACCUCCAGGCGUAAGAAUGAGCUGGAGACCUCUAGGCGUAAGAAUGAGCUGGAGACCUCCAGGCUUAAGGCUGAGUUAGAGGCUGCCAGGCGUGAAGCCGAGCUGGAGGCUGCCAGGCGUGAGGCCGAGCUGGAGACUGCGAGGAGUGAGGCCGAGCUACAGACCUCCAUGCGUAAGGCUGAGUUGGAGGCUGCCAGGCGUGAGGCUGAGCUGGAGGCCGGCUGGCGUGACGCUGAGCUGGAGGCCGCCAGGCGCGAGGCUGAGCUGGAGGCCGCCUGGCGUGAUGCUAAGCUGGAGGCCGCCAGGCGCGAGGCUGAGCUGGAGGCUGCCUGGCGUGAGGCUGAGCUGGAGGCUGCCUGGCGUGAGGCUGACCUGGAAGCCUCGUUUCGUGAGGAUGAGCUGGAAGUCUUUGGGCAUGGGGCUGAGCUGGAGACUUCCAUGCGUGAGAAUGAACUUGAGGCCGUCAGGCGUGGGUCUCAGUUGGAUGCCACCAAUCGUGAGAUUGAUGCCGCCAGGCAUGAGGCUCAGUUGGAAGCCAGUAAUAUUGAGGUGGAGGCCACCAUGCGUGAAGCUGAGUUGGAGGCCGCCAGGUAUGAAGCUGAGUUGGAAGCCAUCAAUCGUGAGGUGGAGGCCACCAUGCAUGAGGCUGAGUUGGAGGCCGCCAGGCAUGAUGCUGAGUUGGAGGCCGCUAGGUAUGAGGCUGAGUUGGAAGCCAUCAUUCGUGAGGUGGAGGCCACCAUGCAUGAGGCUGAGUUGGAGGCCGCCAGGCAUGAUGCUGAGUUGGAGGCCGCCAGGUAUGAGGCUGAGUUGGAAGCCAUCAAUCGUGAGGUGGAGGCUACCAUGCAUGAGUCUGAGUUGGAGGCCGCCAGGCAUGAUGCUGAGUUGGAGGCCGCUAGGUAUGAGGCUGAGUUGGAAGCCAUCAGUCGUGAGGUGAAGGCCACCAUGCGUGAGGCUGAGUUGGAGGCCGCCAGGCAUGAUGCUGAGUUGGAGGCCGCUAGGUAUGAGGCUGAGUUGGAAGCCAUCAGUCGUGAGGUGAAGGCCACCAUGCGUGAGGCUGAGUUGGAGGCCGCCAGGCAUGAUGCUGAGUUGGAGGCCGCCAGGCAUGAUGCUGAGUUGGAGGCCACCAUUCGUGAGGCUGAGUUGGAGGCCGCCAGGCAUGGUGUUGAGUUGGAAGCCGCCAGGUAUGAGGCUGAGUCGGAAGUCAUCAAUCGUGAGGUGGAGGCCGCUAUGCAUGAGGCUGAAUUUAAGGCCACGAAGAAUGAGGCAGAGUUUGAGGCCAUCAAUCGUGAGCUGGAAGCUGCCAGACUUGAGGCCGAGAAGGUUGCCAGGUGUGUAACUGAGGAGAUCACCAGUUGUGUGGGCGAGAAGGCUGCCAGGUAUGUGGAUGAGAAGAGCUGCUUGUCUUUGCUGAACGUUCUGCCAGAAUCAGUUUCUUCACAAGAGUUGUUUCAUUAAUUUUCUAUUAUUCCCUUCACCGAACUUGAAAACCGCUACAGUCAUUAUCACUGGCAGAAAGUUGGUAGUGGAGGAAGCUCCACUGUAUUCCGCAUUAACCUCGAGUACCAAACAGUGUGCGCCAAGAUGGCUAAUUACAAGGCAUGUAGUUCAUAGUUUAUGUAAGAAGCGGUCUUCCUUAAGCAACUUGAUGGUGCUGGUGGUGCCCCUGUCCCACUAUGUAUGUCCAUUCAUCCUACCAUCCUUGUGAUGUCUUAUAGGGGUAACACACGCAUGAAUGAUUUCAUAGAAUAGUGUUCACUCAGGAAAUGCCUUUUCACCUUAAUUAAGUUGACCAUUCGCCUAAGCUAGAUUCACGCCAUGGGUCUCCUGCAUGGAGAUCUUAAAAUGGAUAAUGUCAUGAUUCAGAAUGAGCAUGAUCCUUAUAAUUUUAUAGUCAAUAUUAUUGACUUCGGAUUAGCUGGGAACCUGGGAGCCAAUCGAAGAAUGUACAGGAAAAAAAGCUGCCACUACCCUCCUGAGUCUCACUACCCAGGGAAAGCAUCAACUAGUUUUGAUGUUUAUUCUUUAGGUGAUAUUAUCCUUCACACCUGUGAAAUGCUGGGGUAUUUUGGUUACCCAAAAGACCUAAAAUCUCUAGCUCUGCUUAUGAAGAACGACUAGGAGAAGUAGCGUCCAAACUUAGCUUUCGUCAUGAGUUCUCUGUUAAAAAUUUUGGAAGACAAUAAGAGUUAUGAAUACGACUGUGGGGAAAGUUUGACAGAGUGGAUUGUGCGGAAGUUUCAGGAGAUGACGUUUCAUAGGAAGUAGUUCCUAGGAUGAAGGAAAAGCUCAAGGAAUCUUCACCCCACAGGAACCAUCUCUGUGGCAUACAAUGCUAUGAGGUCUGUGGUGAGUUCCUGGUCUAAUAUAUGAUGACCUGCCUGUGUGAUGGACAUGCUCAGUCACAUCCUCGUAUAUAACAAACUUAUUAAGAAAGGAACAGUGAACAGUCACCUCCACCAGGUGAGCUCUGGGUAUUUUGUGUGGCUGUCAGCAGAAGACGUCAAACAAAAUAGCUGUAAGCUACUAUCAGCACAGUUUGUCUCAAUUUCCUUCUAUAUUAAUGAUCUUUAAACUUUUAUUUCCCUCA